UUAAUAAAGUUAAAGAAAAAAAAUUUUUUUAUUUUAUUUUAAAGAUAUAGAUUAAAGGUCAAUCAAUAUAUAUCUAGAUGGAGCUUAAAGUAUAAAAGACUUAGAUAAUUGGGAAGAAGGAAAUUAAAAAAGAAGGUAAAGAUAAAAAAAAUGAGAAUAAAGAUGGGUUAGAAAAAUAGGUAAGCAAAUGGUAUGAUGGAAAAGUUGUUUAAUGGAUUUUUUGCACAUUUAUACCAUUUGCGUUCUUAGCUGCUUAUCCUAUCAUAAUCUUAAGUUAUUAUACAAUUGCACAUACAGUUAUGGCUUAGGUUUUCGUCUAAAUUGCAUUAAUAAAUUUUUAUAUUAAGCCAUCUAAGAGCUCUCUUGAUAGUAAGGAAUAGCAAUUGAAAGAAAUAUUUAUCAAGAAGUAAACAAUUUAGCUUAAAGAUUACAGGAACAUUUUCUUCAAAUUUGUAAUGAUAUUAGAGUCAUUAAACUUACUGAGUAAAAUAAUAUUUGUGAUAAUUUACUAUUCAAAGGAGGAUUUGCAAAUAGAAAAUAUAAAAAAUGUUCUAUUAGAUUUAGAAUUCUUUUUCGUGAGCGAUUAAGCAAAACAAUCUGGUGUGUAAAAAGCAAAAAUGAUUCUUUUAUCAUUUAUUCCAAAUAUCCUUUUAUUUUCAGUUUUUGUUUUAGCUAGCAGGAUAUAUAAAAAUCAUAGUGAAGUUAGAAUCGAGGAGCUUGUUCAUCCUUCUAAUUAAAAGGCUUAAGGAUUGUUAAAUUUUCUUGUUUUGGUUUCAUUGGCUUCAUGCUAAAUAUUUAACCCUUCAAUAAUGGCUUUUGGUUUCUUAGGUCUAUCAUUAAUAUCGCAAAUUGUUUCUUUGAUAUCAAGUAGCUAAAGAAAGAUGAUAAAUGCAUAGAUGAUUAUUCAAUCUCUUAUUUAAUUUUAUUGCUUUGCUUAGUUUUUUUUAAACAUGUUUUCAGCCACAAAUACAUUUUUAGAAAAUAAUUACUUUGAGUCUUAAUUUAUAGGUGUUAAUUCAAUAGCUGAAUUUUCAAAUGGUUUAAAUUAACAUCCGUUUUACAUCUUGAGUUUGGUGAUUCUUUUCUUUCUAUCUGUUUUUUAUCUUUAGAAACUUAAUUAUGAAAAAUCAAGAUGGUCUUUUAUUCCUGUAUAUUAGCAAAUCGAAAAAGAAAAAAAGAAGAAUAGGCUUAAGAAGGCAUUAGUUAAACUUUUAAGCUUAAAGAAAUAGAACUCUAAUAUCUUAGAAACAAAAUCAGAAUUGCUUCCUAGAUUUGAUUAGGAUAGCAAUAAUUAAAUCAUUCACUAUCAUACCAUUAAUGAUUAGGAUAGAGUCUAAAUUGAAUUACAAACUUAUAAUGAUAUCCGAACCGAAUAGUAAAUUUUAGACAAAAAUUAAGAUUAAAGCUAAGAUAAUGCAGAUGCAUUGAAUCACUUAAUAAUUUAAGACAUAAUGGUAGAUGAAAUAAUUAAAAAUCCGAAUACUUAAGGAUAAAAGGCCAAUAGAAAGUAAAAGAUGACAAAUUCCUUAAAACUAGGUACAGCAUAAGUAAAUUUUGGUAAUGAUUCAAAAGGUGAAAUAUAAUAAGAUGAUAAUGACAAUAACUAAAACUAACAUACGAUUUUAAGUAAAAUAAGGAAAAAUAACAAAAGUACUACUUAUACUCCAGGAUUGUUUCUAAAAAAAUAAUAGAAUAAUCAACAAAGAGGUUCUUUUAAAGUUAAUUAACAUGAACAAGAUGAAUAAAUAUAAGACAAGGUAUAAAAGUAUGCUCCUUCGCUAUAAGAAUAAAAGGAAAAAGGUAUAGAAAUAAUUAGGUAGCAGUUAAUAAAAAUAGAAAGAGGAGAAGAAGAUAAUAUUGAUAAUUUUUUGACUCUAAAAAAAUAAGAUAUUUUAUAUGAAGAGUCUAUAUAGCCUGAGAGUUAUCUAAUUGCAAAUUAAAAAACUAGUAAAGAUAAGUUUUCAGCUUUUAAAACUAAACUUUACAAUUAUAUUUUAGAUUUAUCUAGUAGAUCAUUCAUUUACAUAAAAUCAUAAUUUGAAGAUUCAAUAAUACCUAUUAGAUUUCUCUAAUGCUGCUCAAUUUUAAUAAUUAUGAGAUAUCCAUGCUACUAUUCAUUAGGGCUAAUUUCAUGGUGCUUAUUAAGUUCUAUUUUUAAAUUAGAAAUUAAAAUUAAAUUUCUUUUCAUUACAUUAGUUCCUAUACCUUGUAUUAUUAUUAUAUACGCUUUUAAUUUAUAUGGAAGCAUACAAUUAAAUUAUGAUCUCUACCCGAAGCAUGGCUUUGUCUAUUAAAGAUUCUUUUGGUUAGAAAGCAUCAUUUUUAACACAAUAAUUUUCCUUUUUUUCACCUAUUUGCUGAUACUUCGUAGAUUAAAAUAAAAUUUGUCUUCUAUUGUAUAAUCACAAAAGGAGAAGAGCUAAGAAAAAAUAGAAGAAAAUAGCAACAAUAAAUAAAAUUUAGAUGCAUAAUAAAAUGAUAAUUCAAAGAGCAUGAUUGAAUAAAACAUAAAAUAAAUUGGUGAAUAAAAUAACGAUUUUAUAUAAUAGAGAAACAGCGAAAAAUAAGAAAGUGUUAGCAAAAAAAACUCUUCUCCUUAUAAUUAAGAUUAAGUAAGAUUUACUUCAAAAAGUGAUCCAAUUAAAGGAGAGAUUAAUCUUAGAUUCAGCAAGCAAAGUUAGAGCAGUGUAGCCAAAUUGAAGGCAGACUAAGAAAACGAAAAUGAGUAAAAUUAAAGAAUUUAAAGUAAUUCUUAUACAAAAUCAGACAAAUAAGAGAAUGACAACAAGAAUAGUUAGAAAAUAGAUUAUUCUCAAUAAAAACCUGUUUCCUUGAUGACAAUUUUUUUUGCACUAAUUCUAAAAUAUAGCUAGACUUUGGCUUUGUUUCUUUUGUAUUGGAUAGGUUUUUAUACAAUCAAUAUAAUUCACCUGCUUUUGGUCGUUUUAUUUUUGAUAUUUUUCUAAAAUAGUUUGAAAACAAUCAAAAUUAAGAAAAAUGGAAAAAUCUAUGUAAUGAGUUUUUCAUUCAAAUACUGGUUUAUUCUCUUAAUUUAUCUUGGUACUGUAAUUUUUGCUAAGUUUAUAUAUACUAUUUUACAGUCAGGUAUGAAUUAUAUGGGUGAAUAAAAUAGUGAUAAUAACUAGGAUAGCUAUUUAGCUACUAUCAUUAAUUUUAUAGGUAUUAACUACGAAUAUGACAUGCCUUUUUCUCUUAGUCUUUCAAAAGAUGACUAUGCUGGCUUGUCUAUAAUAUGGAUAGCCUUUAUGUUUGCAACUCUACAAGAAGAUACUUUUAGAUCGGAAACAUACUAAAAAUAUUCUAAUAAAAUUAUUUUUCUGAUUCAAGACUAACCUAUUAUUAAGAAGUAUUGUCCUAAUUUCCUAUUUUAUACUAAUAAAAUUACUAUUCUUGGUGAGAAUUUAUUAUAUUGGUUAUCAUUUUUUGGAAUUACAACUUGUUUAAUUUUACAAGACUUUAGUUUCAUAAACAGCUUUUUGCUACUAUUGUCGUUCUUACUAGUAUUCUAUUACAUAUUUAAGUACAAGGACCCUCAAGCCUUUAAAUAUAAAAAAUAUUAUAAAAUAUGGUAUUUCUUCAAUCAGAUAAUCAUUGCGUAUAUCUUGCUUUGCUACAUAUUAUAAUUUACUUCCUUAAAGUUUGUUUAAGAUUAUAUAAUAAAUCCUAACUCCUAAGCAUAUCAAACAUUUAAAGACAACCGUGCAAUAUAUGGGUUUUAUCCAGAACUUGGCGUAAAUGAUAACUUAAGAUAUACAUUUUUCCCUAUUAUAUUUGUUUUAUAUUUUGCCAUAUUUGUUUAAAAUUACUUGAAGAUGAUAUACAAUGCUGUUAAACACCAUAACAAAGGACAAAUUAGGGAUAAGUCUGAAAGCAAUUGCUCUGUUAUAAGUGACAACCAAAAAAGGCUCUUAAGUGAAAGAGAAAAUAUAACAAUAGAUAUAAUCAAUAAAAAUUACUAGAAAGCAAGAAGAGAAGAAAACAGAUAGAUUUACAUUAACUAUGUUUUAUUCGAUAUUUACAGUGAAGUGAGCAGUGGUGUUUAUUAGAUACUAAAAGGACUUUAAUUUAUCAUGAUCGAUAUUUAGAAUAUGUUAGUUUUUCUAUUUGCUAUGGUUUUUAGAUUGUCAAUUUCCAUGCUUAUAUUUAUUAUUAUUUAUUUGAAAUUCUAUUAUCGCUAUCAUAACUAAUUGGAAACAUUUUUGGAAAAAAGUUACAUGAAGAAGAGUAUCAAUUACUUCUUCAAAAGCUUUUAAAAGUUUUAUUCAUUUCCUUAAAAGAACCUCGGAUGGAAAAUAAAUUUAGAUCCAAAGCCACCUACUUCAAAUAAAAAUGGAAAAAAAUAAUAAGAAAUUCAACAGUAAGAUGAAGUCAUUAUAUCAUCAAACUAAUUAAAGAAUUUGUAAGUAGAAAAAGCAAAUGAUACCAAAUUAAAAGAAUAGGAUAAUGCUGAAAAUGAAUAAAAUAAGAUUGAAUAAGAAUAGUCUUAAAAAUAGAACAGUUUAAGUUAGAAUAAGAACUUAUAAGCACUUCGUAGAUAGAGUAAAAAAGACUUAAUAGAAUGCAAAAUUUAAGAAAAAAUUGAAGAUUUUAUAACCAUUUAAUAAAAACUUAAAAUUGAUGAAUAAAUUGGAAUAUGGCCAUAUUCGUUUUGGUUUAGCUAUAUAUGUAUCAGUAUAACUUAUGGUGCAUAGUUUUUAGCUACUGAUUUUGCUAAGUCUAAUAUAAGUAAUUAUGUAAUUAAUUUUAUAUAAUGGGCAUUUUUUAUUUUUGGAACCAGCUGCAAUACUUUGAGUUUAUCAAGUAUCUUUAGAAAUAUUUACUUCUAUCUAAUCAUGUUUUGGAUGAAUAUCAUAAUAUUUGUUUUGAUCAGAAUGAAAAAGUAGCAUGAAUAGAAUGUUAUGAAUUAAAAAUAAGAGUUAUAAAGCUAAUCUUAAUUAAAUAAAAAUUCUUAAAUCUAAAAUCGAGAUUCUUCUGCUAAAAAGGGAGAAAGUAAUUAAAACAAUCCUCUCAAUUAUGAUGAUUUUAGAGCUUCAAAAUCUCCUGCUAUUAAUUCAGAGUUUCCCAGGAAUAGUUCAUCAUACAGCCAGUAAUUGAAUAGACUCACUUACCUUCAUUUAAACUAGGCUUAAGUAGCCGAUGUAAAUAUUUAAGAAGGUGAAUAAAAGUUAGCAUUUGAAUCAGAAAGAUUAAAGCGUGUAUAGAAAUCAGAAAAAGAAGUAGGAGUUGUUUAUUAUUAAGAAGGAGGAUUGCUACCCUAAAGAAUUACUUGGUGCAAAUUAAUUUAUAAACAUUUCAAAUUAACAGAAGAAGAGAGUGAAGAUGAAGAUAAUAAUGAGGCUUUUAUUUAAAAAACACAAUUCAUAGAAGGUCUUUCUCCUAAUUACAACCAUGAUAACAUUUUUAAGUAAUAAAAUAAGGAUAAAACAGAUAGCAUUAUUGAAAAAAACUAUGAUGAUGCUUUUAAAAAUGAAAUUGAAAACUCUAUUGAAGAUGAGGGUUCUAUCAAUUAAAUUAAGAAUAAACUUGAUGGCUAUGCAUUUAAUGUACAAUCUCCUAAUAUACUCAAAGAUUAAUAUGAAUAAAAAUAGGAAUAAUCUGAUGAAGAAAAGAAAUAAGAGCUUUAAGAUGAAAUUCUCAUUAAAAAAAGGUAUGAAUAAAAAAUUUUAAAAAUUAUUAGAGCAGAAGAAGAAGAAAGGCAAAAAAAAAUGUACAGAGAGGACCCUGAUUUCAUUUACAAUAAUUAUUUAAGGAUACAAUAUUUUUAUCAAAUGAAGUCUUGUUAUGUUAAACAAAAAUUUAAAUCUGGACUCCUACUUGCUCUUUAUCCCUUUUACUCUGUAAUUUUAAUGCAUGUUUCUGAAUAGAAGCAUGACGUUUUUUCUUAUAUAUAUUUGUUGGUAGCAUUUUUAGGUAACUCUAUCAAGGCUAUUAACAGAAAUACUAUUUUCCUAGUGUUGAUUUAGUAUAUUUUGCUACUUGUCAAUAUAAAUCAACAGACAAGUCCACUCCAAAUAGAUUAGUACUUACUUGAUUUCAAAAGCAUGUCUCUAAUACAACAGUACAUAACUGAUAAGGAGCUUUUAUAAUAUUUGGCAUUCAAUAGCAGUAAUUAAAGUAGUGCAGCAACUAUCUCAUUUAUUUUAAAUUGCCUAGUAUUUACAGUUAUAGGCAUUUACUUUAAUUGCUAUAAGUUUUUAGUUAAUAGUAUUAUAAGAAAUAUUUAAAAAGUGAAAAAUAAAGUAAAGUAUAUCUAUGAGAAUAAUCUUUUCCCUUAGCAAAUAGCGCCUAUUAGUAUUUACAAGAUUGAUUAAGCAUAGAAAAAAUAAUAAGAAAACCAAAACGGUUCUGUGAAUAAUCCUGACUCUGAUUAAAUUGUUCACGACUAAAUUUUAAAAAAUUAGAAAUUUUAAUUGUCAAACAAUAAUCUUUCAACAUAUUCAAUAGAAUUUACAGAUCGCAGUGAUUCUAAAUAUGAAUAUUAGUAUGAUGAAGAUGGAUAAUUAAUAAAUCCUAUACAGCCAUUAUGGAUAAAUUACUAAAAUUGGAAAUCUUAGACUUUUUAAUUUGUUAAUUUGAUGUAUGAAAUAAGUAUAUCAUUUGGUUAUAUCAUCUGCGCUGUAUUGAUAAUGAUAAUUUCUUGCUAAUACCUAGAUAUUUUUAACUUCAUAAUACUUGCAUACAAUAUGAUCAUCUUUUUUAUUAUAGAAUUUGUUGUGCCCUUUCCUUAAAUGCUUAAUUAAAGAAAGAAAAUUUAGAAUUUAUUAAGAGUAUUGUAAUUCUACUUAUAUGCUGUGUUUGCUCUAUAUUCUACUAUGCAAAUUCCAUAUGUCAGAAACAACAUAUCAGCAACAGGUUAAUUUUUAUCUUAUCAAUUUUUAAAUUUAAAGAUAAUUGAUAAAAUCUACAUUAUGUUUUGCAUAAUGUGCACUCAAUUAUUGAUAAGUUCAUAAGAUUUCAAAACAAUCACUUUUUCACUAAGUUAGUCUUAUAUCCUUAAUGCUAAUUUAAGUCAUAAGGCUCUUUCGAUACACCAAAAUGAUUAAACUAUUUCUGAGUUGCUCAAAAAUGAAAAAGAGAGAAGAAGCUUAAGAGAAGUUGUCCGUAAAGUUACCCAAACUUUAAAAAAUUGGCAUAAAUCACAGUCAUAUAUAUAGCCUUCUAUUGUUUAGUAACAGAAUAAUUAAAAUAAAAAUUUAAACACGAGUCUAUAAAUAAAUUAAUUUUAAAGUUCUAAAAAUUUAUAAAAUACUCUUCCUGCUAGAUCAUAAAGUGCUCACAAUGUACCACUUAGCUGCUUUUCAAAUUAAAUGAAUACUCGAAGUGAUAGUAAAGACAGCAUUUUAUAUGAACAGUAGGGAUUAAUUUCUAAUUAAAUUUAAAGAGGGUUUUAAAAUAAAAGCAAAAGUAAAAAUAUUAUUAAAAACAAUCCAUUAGAAGCAUAAACUUAUCAGAAAGAUAAAUUUUAGUAAACACCAAUUAAUAAGUAAAACUAAGAAACUGUAUAAGAUUUUUAAAAGAAUGAUUAAAAUUCUCCAACUAUUUUGAUCAAUUUAGCCAGUAACGAAAAAUAGGAAUAAAAUAAUAAUUAGUUAUUGUAGAAUGAAGAAUUUUCAAAAAAACCAGAUCAGCAACAUAUUACCAAAGAAAAAGCUCUUUAAAAAAAAGAUGUUGAAAUUGAUGAGCUUGAUUAUAGUUCAGAUGAAUCAAUAGGAAAUAUUGAUGAAGUUAAUCAUGCGAAUAGCGGUAUUCAAAUUAAAAAAUAUGAUUUUCCAAGAAUAAGUUAAAUCAAAAUAAAUAACUUAGAAAAUUUAUAAUAAUAAUAAUUUAAUAAGCAAGACUAGCUAAAUAAUAGUAGUUUAAAAAGAAUGAAAAUCAGUAGAGUUAGCAGUGUUGAUCAUUUAGAGUAAAAUCUUCUAUUUGACUAAUAGAGCGCACUCAAAAAAAGCUUUAACAUAAAUUAAUAAAAAGAUACUGAUUCAAGUUAUACAACAAGGAAAGUAAGGAAUUAAUCAAAAGAAAAGAGUGUUUGCUUUUAGAAAUAAAAGGUAGUAAAGACAAGUAGAAAGAAAUCUCUGAAAGAUAAAAAAUAAGAAAAAGCCAAUAAAUACCAUAAUGUAGAAAAUAUUUAAGCUGUUAAAAAAUACUAAAAAGAUUCUGACUCUGAAGAUUCUGAAGAUAGCCAGGUAAGUCUUUUCAAUUCUUCUGAAAUAGUAGAUGAAGAGGAUAAUGACUUAAUGGAUUAAAUAAAGCAAUAGUUUGAUAACAAGAUAUAAAAAUAAAAAGAGGAAGAAGAAGCUCUCCUUCAAGGUAGUAAAUAAGCAAAGCGUGAGACUUCUCACAAAAUUUUAAUCAAAAUUUGUAAGCUGAUAGAAUCAUAAGUAAAUCCAUUACUUUUCAUGGACACAGUUUAAAUAAGCGAUUAUAUUCUUAAAAAUAAUUGCCAAAUCUUCAGUAAAAUAUACAUAAACAUUUAAGAUCUUUUGUUAGGAAAUUUGACUUCUCUUAUGGAGUAUAGUCACCUUCUCUCUAUAGUUUAUUAUUGUAUAUAUUAAACGAUUUAAGAGGCUGGUGUCGAAUUUGCAUUUAAUAAUCUUUUUGCUAUCAUACAAAGAGCUACUGAGUGUGAUGAGAUAUCAAAAAUAAUUUAUGAUAGUUUAAUAGAAACUUCUUCCUAAUACCCAACCAUUCCAUAUUAUUACCAUUUGAGAAAAGAGCAAGAGAAAAAUAUUACAGAUAAAAAAAUAAUAUAAAGAGAAUAAAGAAAUAAUCUUGAUCAUAUAUGCAUUUAUCACCCCUAAAUUCCUAUGUACAUAUACAAUGUUAAAUCCACAAACUCUUUGCCUUUUAAUCUUCUUACUAAGUUUGGGCUUUUAAAAAGGCUUUUGAAAAGUUUUUUUAAGAUGGUUCUGAGCAACUGGUAGUUUGUUUGCUUUUUCUUUUUUUUGAUGUAUUAUUUCUCUAACACUGGUUUGAUGAGUAUGCCAUUUCCUUGUUUAGUUUUCCUAAACUUCUUAAUCGAAAUAAAAUUUGUUUCCUUGCAAAUAUGGAUGAUUAGCUUUAUUUAUGUCACUUUCUUACUAAUUUUUAAAUUUAUUAUUCAGAUCAAUGGAAUAUAUAUGGACACUCAACUGCAAAAUACUUUUUUUAAUGACAAUCUUAGUUUUAGCUUUGAAGGGUACUUAAUAUUUUUGAUUUUUGUUGCUUAAAUUAUGACAAAGUAUAUUGGAAUGGAUAAAGAGGAUGUAUACAAUAGUGAAAAUAUAUAUCAAUCAUAUAUUAGAAAAUGUGUAAAUGACUUAGAAUUUAGACAGGAUUUUAUUGAAAAUUGCUUACAGCCUACAAAUGAAGAUAAUAUGUUGAAAAAUAUUGAUUAAAUUUCUCCUAUUUAUAAAAAAACAUAAGAUAAGCCAAAUUUAUUUCAUAUAAGAUAGAUGAGUUAGUAAUAAUUUGAUGGAGACAAUCAAUUAUUUAGAGAUGAAAAUUUGAAUAAAAAUACCUAAAAUUUGCUAAAUAAAUAAAUGAAAAUCGAAAGAGACCAAUCAACAGAAAAUCAAAACGAUUUUGAUAAUAUUGGUCAGUUAAAAAAGCAACCUAGCUUAAAUAAAUAAGGAUCCUUGCAACAUAAAAACACAUUUAAAUAAAACCCAUAGCUAUUUCUAGAGGAUCAAACUUUAUCAGAAGCAGAAGAAAACAAUAAAAUCUAAAUUAAAAGUAAUUAAGAUAUUCUACUUAAGUCUUUUAACUAAGGCAAAAAUAACUUAUUAUCAAUUUCAGAGUAAGAAAGAUCAAUUAGCAUGCAUGAAUAAAUGCUAAAAGAUUUAAAAUAAAAACCUGACUUAUUAGUCAAUGACACUUUUAAAAAAGAGAAUUUCUUUAAAAGAGUAUUUAGUAAUUACAAUAAACGCUCAGGAAAAGAUUUUUAUCCUUGGAUUGCUUUAGUGUAGGUGAUAAUUUUGCUUUUUAUAUUCAUAUUUUAUACUAGGAUGGACGCAAAUAACACUUAAGGUAUAAAUGAAUAACUUAAAUAUAAUUAAUUUAGUGGAGAAAUGGUUAUUUGCCUGUUUAUUUAGGUGGCUUUUAUGGUUUUUGAAAGAUACCUUGCACUUAGAAGAGUUAGUGAAAAAACUAAAAAAGAAAAACCUAAAAAGAAAAAGGAAAAAAAUUCUUCUAGCUCUGAUAAUUCUAAUGACUCAGAUUUAUCAACUUCCAAUAAUUUAUCUUAAACUUAAAUUAUAGAUGAAGAAGAUUCUCUUAUAUAAAAAAAGUAAAAAGCCAAUAAGGCAUUUGACUCCUUUGAUGAAAAAGCAUAUUCCAGAUAAAACUAACCAAGGUCAUAGAGCUAAAUCAAAAGGAAACCAACAUUCAAGAAGGAAGUUAACAUCAAGCAUCUAAGAUCAAGCACUAAAAUAUCUUAAGAAUAUGACACUUAUAAGAAUUUUUAAGAAAUGCAAUCUUUAGUUUUAAAUUAAGAAGAUGAUGAGGAGAUUGAUAAUAAAAAGCAAAAUAAAAUUCUAAAAGAUACUUAUAAAGAUGCUUUGAAAUAGCAAGAUCAUUAUGAAGAAAAAUAAAUAGAUAAUGAGAAGUAAUAAAAUAAGAAGGGGUAUGAUUAAAAAGAUUUUGAAAUAGUUAAUGAUACUCCUUAAAAUAGAGUUAGGAGCUUCGCAUCUCAUACUAGAAAUUCUAAGGAAUAUGAUGAAGAUGUGUUUAAAUUAAGAUAGCAGCAUAGAUUGUCUUUAGUAUUAAGAGAAGAAAUAAUUUUUGCUAAUCUAGAGAAAGAAUAAAUUAAUGCAAAUUUGUAAAAUUUUAAAUAGUAUGGUAAUUUGAUUACAAAAAACAAAGAUUCGAAUAAUUUAGAUUCCUCAUUAUCUUCAUCAGAUGAUUAAAAAUCUUUUUUAUAGGAUUCUUCUGUAAAUCUAUCUUAGGGCAAGAACAUAAAUAAAAAGAAAAGCAAUUAAAAUACUCCAUAAAAUAAAAAAGGAUAAACUAGGGAUCUUGAAAAUUAGAUUGAAGAAACUAAAAAAUCCUCAAACUAAAAAGAAAAGAAUCAAAUGGUCUCCUAUCCAACUGAUAAUAUAAUUAAGUAUCAAGAUGAGACAGAAGCUAAUCAAAAUGCUAUUAAUAAACAAAAAAAAUAUAAUGAUCCUGUAAUACUACCUUUUGAACAGCAACAAGGUAUUUAAAGCAGCUAGGACGAAGAUAACUAAGAUUUUAAAAGUGAUGCUAGUGCUAGUGAUAAUGUUAGUAUCAAUAAAAAUAAAAAAGAAAAGCCGAAGGAAAGUUUUGUUCUAACUACAGAACUUCUUAAAUUCAUUUAACUAACAGUUUUUCUUAUUUUAUUCAGCUGGUUUGUCUUUUUUUAUGUACCUUAAUCUUUCUAAAAAAAUACUAUUAGUGAUUAAAAAGUCGUUGUAAACUAUUCCACAAACGGUUACCUUAUUGCAUUUGUUUUUAUUGUUAUGAUAUAUCUUCUUUUGUCAACUUUACAACUAAGGUACGGCUAUAAAAAACUGAAGUUAAGAAAUACAAUUUUGCAGUUUAAAAAUACUGUUGCAGGAUUCUGUGCUGUUGUUGUGAGAGCAAUACCAUUCUUACAAGAACUGAAAGUCAUACUUGAUUGGACAGUAACUAAAACAUCACUAACUUUAUUUUAAUGGUUCUUGUUAGAAGAUAUACACUAUUCUUUAUACGUUGCUAAAUUAGAUUCUAAAGAUGUUAGAAGCACAAAGGUAGAUGCUCCUUAAAGUAAAUUAGUUAAAAUAUUUUUGGGGCUGCUAUAAGUAAUUGUUAUUCUUUUGCUCAUAUUCGGGCCUAUGCUACUAUUUUCAACUUUAAAUCCUAUAUCUGAUUAUAAUGGUAUAACUAGUGGUGAAAUUGAAGUUGGAAUCUAAUUUAAGCAGCUUGGUUAAAUUAACUAUUAUCCUAUUUUUACUAACUCUCAUACAAACAACCUUUAAACAGUCUAAAGAGACUGUACUUAUGACCCUUAAAAGAAUGUUAAUAAUUAAGAUGCUUCAUAAUAAGAGUGCUACUGGGAUGAAUAUAAAUUUAGAGAUGUUAACAUUAUUUACACUACAGAUUCUUAGCAAUUUUAGAAAUUCAAUUUUUAUAGUUACUCAGAAAACUCUUGGGAUUUAUCUUUUCCUUCAAAGAAAGAUAUUGAAAGUAAAUUUGAGGAUAUAUUGAAUAAUUAAAAUACAAGUUAAACUGCAUAACUUGUUAUCAAAUUAGUACUUAAUAGAAAAGUUUCUUAGUACAAUACAGCUCCAUAUAUUAGCUAUUAUCCUAAUCCUCAAAUAUAAAAUAGCUCUUACCUAAAUAAAUAGAUUAUCUAAGGUUUUUAUGAUACUUUAACUGAUUGUUAGAAACCAGGAGUUAUACUACCGAAUUUUUACAUCUUUCUGCUUUCAUCAACAAUAAGCAAUUAGAGUUAUAUUUCAUCUCCCAUAAAUCAUGAGGAUAAUAAUAACAGUGCUUAUUUUGCUAAAGAUUCAUAUAUAUAACUUAAAUGUUAAGAUAUCUAGAAUCCUCAGACACAAAAGUACUGGGAAAUUUCAAUUGAUUAAGCUGGCACAUCAGGUUUAUCAUAUUUUGUGGUUACAGAUAAAUAUUCAUAGGCAACUUUUGGGUUUUCAAUUAUCACUUUAUAUACUUCUGUGAUUUUAGUCAUAGGUAAGUUUAUUAGAGAUGCAUUUGGUGGGGAGCUAGAAAAAAUUAUUAUAAAAUGCAUGCCAAACCCAGAUGAACUUUUACGUAUUUGUGAAGCCAUUUCAAAUGCAAGAAACGAAAAAGAUUUGCUCAAAGAAAGAAUUUUAUAUUUUGAAUUGAUGGAUUUGAUUAGAUCUCCUGAAGUGUUAAAAAAAUUGACAGGAUCUUAUUCAUUUGUUUUGAACUAAAAGCAUAAGCUAGACUUAUAAUAGGAAGAGAUAGACAAAGCUUUUAAAAAGAGGAAAAGACUUAUAAAGAAAAAGUUAGCAAAUAAGAAGAAGAAAGAGAAAUAGAGAUUAUAAAAAUUGUUAGAUGAGAAUAAAGAAACUCAAAAUAAAGAAGAAACUUAACAUGAUGAAUAAAAUAAAAAUUUUUAAAUAGAGGAACAAGCAGAGGAAGAAGAAGAAUAUGAUCAAAUUACAAUAAACUAAUUUCUUAAAAAAUGAAUAAAUAUUUAGUCCUACUAAAUACAAAAAUAAUUCUUCAAAUUAAAAAAUAAAUAAAUAAAAUAAAAUUUUGAUAUGAAUAUUUUUAUUAAAAAUUGUUUUUCAAAAAUAAUUCAUUCAUUUAAUUACGUAUUUAAUUUUAAACAAGACAAAUUAAAAUAUUUAAUGCUUUAUUUAUGAUUAUUUGUACAUUUAUUAACUAUUAUUUUAUAAUAACAAUCAUAAAUUAUACUUUGAAGAUACUCUCAGUAUUAUGUAAGCAAAGAAAAUGC